CUGCUAUGUUUGAAUACUUUGUUGCUGUGUGAACUCCUGUUAAUCAUCCAUAACUUGAGAGUAAUCGACAGAAGUCUUUGAAAACUCCUGAUAAUUAACUCAGUACCUUGGACUUGGAACCUGAUCCAAAGGAAACUGGCUACAUUUACCAAGAGACCAGAAACUGUGCCACUUGGAACAUCUGCAGAAUUAAGACUGUAUGAUGGGAUAUUUUCUCUGGAUGAGAUGCUUAGCCCUCACAUUCAUCCUAUCUCUUCUUGCUGUGCCCUGCUGCCAUGGUGGCAAGAUCCUGGUGUUCCCGAUGGACGGCAGCCAUUGGGUGAACAUGAACAUCCUCAUUGAAGAACUGCAUGGGCGUGGUCAUAACAUCACAGUGGUGCGGUCAAUGAGUAGCUGGUAUGUCAAAGAGAAGUCACCCCAUUACACUUCCAUCUCAGUCACACUACCUGAAAGAUUGACCAUUGAGAGUGCAGACGAUGUUGCAUCGUUUGUGAGGAAGACACUGAAGAUCCGAAGAAGAGAGGGGUCCCUGCUGGCCUUCAUUAAACUGCAAAUGGAAAUCAUUAGUGCAAUCUCUACUGCUCACAUAGGGAUGUGCCAGAUGGUAGUCACCAUGUUUGAAGAUCAGCAGUUCAUGAAGAAGCUCCAGGAUGCCCACUUUGAUUUGGUCCUCACAGAUCCAGGGUUUCCAGGAGGAGUUUUGCUGGCCCACUACCUUAAACUGCCUAUGGUCUUCAAUGUCCGUUGGCUUACAAGCGGGGAGGCUCAUUUUGCUACUGCUCCCUCUCCUAUCUCCUAUGUCCCGACUCCAGGAACAGAGCUAUCUGACCAAAUGGACCUCAUUCAAAGAGCCCGGAACAUGCUCCAAUACAGCAUCAACCUCUAUGUAGACAAAUAUGUGAUUAGCCCCCAUUACGAUGCCCUGUGUGCUCGUUACUUUGGCCCAGGUGUAGACCUCUACAGUCUCGUCCAGUCUGCAGACCUCUGGCUUAUGAGGGUCAACUUUGUCUUUGAAUUCCCACGCCCCACUAUGCCCAACAUUGUCUACAUAGGUGGCUUCCAAUGCAAACCUGCCAAGCCCCUACCACAAGAUCUAGAGGAGUUUAUGGAAAGCUCUGGAGAGCACGGUGUGGUUGUCAUGUCCUUGGGAACUAUGGUAAACGGUCUUCCAAGUGAGCUAACAGAUAAGAUAGCCUACGCUUUCUCACAGCUCCCUCAGAAAGUCAUCUGGAGGCAUUUGGGAGAAAGGCCUUCUAGCUUGGGCAACAACACCCUCCUGGUCAAAUGGCUGCCCCAGAAUGAUCUCCUGGGACACCCCAAGACAAGAGCUUUUGUGGCGCAUGGGGGCACCAACGGGGUGUAUGAGGCCAUUUACCAUGGCGUGCCAAUAGUAGGCCUACCACUGUUCUUUGACCAGUUUGACAACCUCCUCAGGAUGCAGGUGCGAGGGGCAGCCAAGGUCCUGGAAGUCACCACCCUGGACAGCAAGGACUUCCUCCAGGCCCUGAAGGAGGUGCUUGAGGAGCCUUCCUAUCAGAUGAACAUGAAGAGGCUCUCCAGCCUCCAGCGAGACCAGCCUGUCAAACCAAUGGACAGCGCCCUCUUCUGGAUCGAGUAUGUCAUGAGGAACAAAGGUGCUGCUCACCUGCGCACAGAGUCCUACAGAAUGCCCUGGUACGCCUACUACUGUGUGGAUGUUAUAGUGGUCUUGCUGGCUGCUGUGUUAGUCUUCAUGGCAGCUAUCAUAGGCAUUAUCAGAUGUAUGUGCUUCAAGGUUUGUAUGAAAAGAAAAAUAAAGCAUGAGUAAGGAAGAUUUAGUUUUAGGGCUCCUAUUUUUUAAAGUAGAAUUCACCCAUCAUACCGAAAUACUAUUAAUCUUGAUGUAUUCUGAAUGCUUUUUGGUGUGUUUGUUUGUUUUCUGUGUGUGUUCACCAUCUAACCCAUAAUAUGAAUAACACCUAAUGUGCAUAAGUACAUUUUUUUAUUAAUAUAUGAUUGCAAUAAAGUGUUAAUAGCUUGUACAGUGUGAGCAGUGUAAAGAACAGAAGUGGUGAUAGACUAUAAUGCUUAAUGCAUGAUGUUGUUGUCAGAGAUGCUGUUCAGUCAAUUCAUUGUUUAAUAUAGGAACUCCUACCAGUUUUUUGGUGGAUGUACUUGUGGUUGUACUGAGAUAAUCGAACGCCUUCUUGCGUGUUAUUUCUUACUUAUGUAGCAAACUAAUAUUACUUUUUUUAAAACAUAAAAAUGAUCUUUAUGUAAAACGUUUAUUAUUUUCUCCCAGUUUUUGCCCUUCCACUUUUUUCGUUUCUUGUAUACAUAUUAUACUAUGUUUAAUGUUGGUUUUGUCUUUCAAGGUUUAAAAUAAAAUCUAAAC